GGGGGUAGAGAGAGAGAGAUAGAGUCAACAGCUUCGCGAGACCAGAGUGACAGUGAGUGAGACAUGCCGAUGACGAUGGCCGUCGUUGUCACCAAGUCCUCGCCGGUGCUCGUCGGCCCGUCGAACGCGCCGCCGGCGGCCGGGCAGUACAUCAACCUCUCGUCGUUCGACAGGGCCCUCGCCUUCUUCCCCGUCACGUCGUUCCACGUCUUCGACCGCGCGAUCCCCAGGCCCGCCGAGACCGUGCGGGCCGCACUGUCCCGCGCCCUGGUCCACUACUUCCCGGUCGCCGGCCGCGUCGCCGUCGCCGGCGGGCGGCUGCGCAUCGCCUGCACGGGCGAGGGCGUGGCGUUCGUGGCCGCGUCGGCCGACCGCUCCCUGGCGGACUCCGGGCUCCUCGACCCGCCCUCCGGCUCGCCGCUGCUGGACGAGCUCGCCGUCGGCCUCGCCGCCGAGGGGUUCCACCCCUCGGACCCGCUGCUGCUCGUGCAGGUCACGGAGUUUGCCUGCGGCGGGUUCGUCGUCGCCGUCACGCGGAACCACGCCGUCGCCGACGGCACGGGGUUCGCGCAGUUCAUGCGGGCCGUCGGCGAGCUCGCGCGGGGCCUGCCCCGCCCGUCCGUCCUGCCCGUCAGCUGCGGCGACGACUCCCUCCCGGAGCUGCCGCCGCUGGUCGCCGCCAUGGAGAACGCGCUGGUCCUGCUCGAGCCGCGGGACUUCGCGUUCCUCGACAUCACCAUCCCCUCCAGGUGCGUCGACCGCAUCAAAGCCGGAUUCGCCGGCCACGCCGCCGCCGCCCCCGCCGACGGCCCGUGCACCGUCUUCGAGGCGGUCAUGGCCGUCCUCUGGCAGUGCCGGACGCGCGCGGUGAUGCCCGACGACCCCUCGACCCCCGCGCCUCUCAUCUUCGCCGCCAACGUGCGCAAGCACGCCGGCGCCAAGCACGGCUACUACGGCAACUGCAUCACGUCGGCGGUGGCCGUCCCGACGUGCGGGGAGGUGGCGGACGGCGACAUCAACGACGUGGUCAGGCUGAUCAAGCGCGCCAAGCAGCCGAUCCCGCACCAGUUCAAGCGGAACAGCGCCGCCGCCGCCGGUGACGAGGAAGGUCGCGGUGGCAAGCACAAGCAGGAGGGAGGUGGUCUGUCCGCGGAGCAGGUCGAGGUGAUGUUCGGGUACAACGCCUUCGACGUGACGAGCUGGCGGAACCUCGGCGCCGACGCGGUGGACUUCGGCGGCGGGAGGCCGGCGAGGGUGAUGUGCCGGAUGGACAGGAUGCCGGUGCCGCACUGCGUCGCGUGCUUGCCAUGCAGGAAGGACGGUGCCAACGUGUUGGCGCGCUGCGUCAGGGAGGAGCACGUGGACGCCUUCCUUGGGGAGCUGGCCAAGUUCAUCUGAUGACUUUUGCUGACAAGGGACCUGCUGGUCCCUGCGCAGCUGUCAGUUGCAACUGCUGGUUUGGCUUGUUGCCACUUGCCAGAACGAUUUGAGUGGCACGUCCGACGUGUCACAAGAGUAGAGACCUAGUAUUAGUUUGUUAAAUGGUGAUUGUGUUUGCUUAUCGUCGUCUUCCUAAUGCAUUGCCACUCGAAUGGCACUUCUCGACUUA